AUCUUUUGUUACCAUAGUAACCAGGCCUGGCAACGCGGGGACGCCUCCGCUGCUCUUCGCGAGAGAAGUCAAAUAGCCGGCGCCUCCUUUUCUAUUUCUCCGAUCUCAAUCUGGCAGCCCUUCACUGUCCAGUGUGAUGGUGAACAGCCCUCUGCCUGGGUGAGCUCCUGGCACUGCUGCCAUCAUGCCUCUGGAUGGAGAUGGAGAUGGAGAUAAGAGGAAGAUCUUUAUUUCGGCCACGGCUGCAAAUUACUUCGGACUGUCAAGCUAUGCAAGCCUUGUCCCACUCUCUGCAAGCUCGGAACUGUCCAACUUUUUGGAUGAUGGCAAUGAGUUUCUCCUGUGUGUGCAGCACUCAGAAGAUCAGCUUAUUGUUUCCAAUAAGGUUGAACCUGGUAAUUCAGAAAACAAAAUGUUGGUAUUCUUCAAGCUGAGGCCAGAUAUCAUCACAGAAGAAAACCUUCACACUAAUAUUCUUGUAUCAUCUAUGUUAGAUUCUCCUGUUAAUAUGCUUUAUCAAGCAGUACGACAGGUAUUUGCACCAGUAUUGUUGAAGGAUGAGAAAUGGAGUAAAGAUUUUGAUCCCAAACUCCAAAAUCUGUUGCGUGAAUUAGAGGCUGGCUUGGGUUCUGUUCUGAGAAGAACAGAUGCUGCUCAAAUGGGAGCUAAAUACCGGGAAGAUGAUGUCCAAGCAAUACUUUCUCCAAAUGAUGAGUUUCAGUUUUGGACAGAACGUGCUCAACGUGGAAGCAAGUCAAGUAGCAAGGAGAGAGCCAUUCAUUUUAAAGAUCUCUUUGAAGCCAUUUCAUAUGAUUAUUACAAUUUGGACAGCCUAUCUUUAUUUGAAGUUGUGGAUUUAGUGGAUACCACACGAGAUACUGUGGAUGACGUAUGGAGACAAACGGAUUAUGAACCCUUUCCACAGCCACGCAUGCAAAACCUUUUGGAAAUCAUAGCGGGCUCUCUGGGAAGAUUUGUUCAGAAGAAGUUGGGAACUUUAAAUCUCUGGGAGGAUUCCUUUCAUAUUGUGAAAGAAAAUCUGAAGGCUGGCAUUUCGAUUUGUGAGCAAUGGGUAGCAGCUUGUGAUCAUCUUACAGGGCAAUUGUGGCAGCGUUAUACUCCACAUUUGUGGCAAGAUGAGAAAUAUGUUCCUGAAACACUAGGCAAACUUGGCAGACGCCUUGAAGAGGUGCUAUCUAUUAGGACACUUCAUGAGAAACUCACAUAUUUUUUGCCAACUGGUGAACAGCAAGCAUUACACCUUGCUCAGGUGUUUGAACCCUUUGCCGGUUUGAAUCCUGUGCACUAUAAUCCCUACACAGAGCCUUUGUGGAAAGCAGCAGUAUGUCAGUAUGAAAGAAUUAUCGCUCCAGCAGAACAGAAAAUAGCAAGCAAACUGAAAACAUUUAUUUCAGAAAUUCAAGACAGCCCACAACAGCUUCUUCAAGCGUUUCAGAAAUACAAGGAGCUAGUAAGACGGCCAAGCAUUAGCAAAGAAUUGCUUUUAGAAAGAGAAACUUUGCUGGUGAAACUUCAAGACUCUGUCAGAGAUUACCAGACAGAUUUUGAGACACGAUGCCAUGGUAUUCCUGGUGAUGCAUCAGGGCCACUUUCUGGAAAAAAUCUUUCUGAAGUUGUGAAUAAUAUUGUUUGGGUUCGUCAGCUACAGCUGAAGGUGGAUGAUGCCAUUAAGAUUGCAGAGGCACUUCUUUCAGACCUAUCUGGAUUUCGAAACUUCCGGCGUACUGCAGAUGAACUUCUAGAACAGUUUAAAAUAUAUGAACAAGAGCAAUUUGAUUACUGGUCCAGGGACAUUCAGUCAGGCUUAUCAAACCCAAAGUCUGGUCUUUGCAUACAGGCUAGCAGCCCUGUUAUGGAGCUGGAUCAUUCUGAUGGAGCACUAAAAAUACAUUAUUCAGAUCGUUUGGUGACUCUCCUAAGAGAAGUUCGUCAGCUCUCUGCACUUGGGUUUGUUAUUCCUGCCAAAAUACAGUAUGCUUCAAACACAGCACAAAAAUUCUGCAAGCAAGCUGUUAUUCUUAAGCAGGUGGCACACUUUUACAACUCUAUUGAUCAGCAAAUGAUUCCAAGUCAGAAGCCAAUGAUGCUACAGUCUGCUUUAGCAUUUGAACAGAUCAUUAAACAUUCAAAGGCUGAUGGACAGAUAACAUGGGAUAAUCCUAAAGAGCUGGAAGCAUAUAUCAAAAAGCUCCAAAGUGCGGCAGAACGGCUUGCCACAGAAAACAGAAAGUUGAGGAAAUGGCAUACCAGUUUCACAGAGAAGGUAGUUGGCCUAAUGAACAUUGAUCUGCUUCGGCAACAGCAGCGCUGGAAAGAUGGGUUGCAGGAACUGAGAGCUGUUUUUUCCAGUCUUGAGUUACAGGGUUUUCUUUCACAUGAUAUGAAAGCAUGGAGACAACACUGGAAUCAUCAACUUUACAAAGCUCUGGAACAUCAGUAUCAAAUGGGUUUGGAGGCACUCAAUGAAAAUCUGCUAGAAAUCAACAUUGAUUUAACUUACAAGCAAGGGAGAUUACAGUUUAAACCUCCUUUUGAAGAAGUACGAGCAAAAUACUAUAGAGAAAUGAAGCGGUUCAUCUCUAUUCCCAAUCAGUUUAAGGGUGUGAGUGAGUCAGAUGAGGAGUGCAUUUUUUCUGUCAUGACUGAAAGAAAUGCAAGUGGAUUUCUGACCACUUUCAGUAAAGCAGAAGACUUGUUCCAAAGAUUGGCAGACGUUUUGGACCAAUUUAAGGAGUGGACUAUAAUUGGACAAGUUGAUAUGGAAGCCCUGGUGGAGAAUCAUCUUUUCCAUGAACAGGACUGGGAAAAAAACUUCAAAGCACUGAAAGUGAGAGGGAAAGAAGUGGAGCGCCUUCCAAGCACCGUGAAAGUAGAUUGCAUAAUAGUGAAUUGCAACCCUGUGAAGUCAUUGAUUGAUGACCUUAUCCAGAAGUUAUAUGAUGUUCUUGUGAUGUCUUUGAGAAAGUCUGUGCAAGCACAUCUACAUGAUAUUUCUUCAUUUCUCAAUGAUGCUAUGGAAAUCUUAGUAAUCAGGCCCCAAACUGUGGAUGAAAUAACAGAAGAUAAUUUAAAAUUCAAAAACCUAAAAGAAAGACAAGAGGAGGUUUUCCUCCUGUUUCAAGAGGCAGAAGGUAAAAACAAACUUCUGCGGACUGUAGCUGGUGGAGGCGUUGAAACAUUCAGUAAUCUGAGAGCUACAUGGGAUAAAUUUGAAUUAAUGAUGGAAAGUCAUCAACUUAUGAUUAAAGAACAGAUUGAAGUGAUGAAAAGUAAUGUGAUGUCACGUGUUAAUGUGUACCUUCAAGAACUGGAGAAAUUUAAAGCUCGGUGGGACCAGUUAAAACCCAGUGACCAUAUCAUCGAAACAGGCCAUCAUGAUUUGCUGCAGAAAAGUGCUGAGAUUAUAAAGGAAAAGAAGAUUGAGUUUGAUGACCUUGAGGACACAAAACAAAGACUAAUCAAUGACUUCUGUCACUUUGAAUUAGGAGAGCCUGAUUUCUCUUUAGCUGAUGAAGUACGCAGAGACAUCGCAUCCUGUGCAGAAGUUUGGGUACUAUAUGAACAGUUUUACGGAGGCUUUCAAGAAAAAGCCAAUGAAGACUGGAUUACGUUUAGGAGUAAGACCUACCUGUUUGAGGAAUUCUUGUUGAACUGGCAUGACAGACUGAGGAAGAUUGAGGAACACACUAUAAUGACCGUGAAGUUGCAAAAAGAAGUCGACAAAUACAAAAUGACACUUCCUGUCUUGAAAUAUGUUAGGGGAGAACACCUAUCUCCAGAUCAUUGGUUGGACCUCUUUCGCAUUCUUGGUCUUCCUAGAGGCACUAGUCUAGAGAGUCUGUUGUUUGGAGAUCUGUUAAAAGUGGCAGAUGUCAUUCUGGAAAAAGCAACAGAACUUAAGGAUCUGAAUAGUCGGGCUCAUGGCGAGGUCACAAUCAGAGAAGCUUUGCGUGAGCUUGAACUUUGGGGAGUUGGAGCCGUCUUUACGUUAACAGAUUAUGAGGACAGCCAGAACCGGAUGAUCAAAUUGAUUAAGGACUGGAAAGACAUAGUCAACCAGGUUGGCGAUAAUCGCUGCCUACUUCAGUCAUUGAAGGACUCUCCAUACUACAAAGGUUUUCAAGACAAGGUUUCUGUAUGGGAGAAGAAACUUGCUGAGCUGGAUGAGUACUUACAAAACCUAAACCAAAUACAGAGGAAGUGGGUCUAUCUGGAACCCAUUUUUGGUCGUGGAGCUUUACCCAGAGAGCAAGCCCGCUUCAAUAGAGUAGAUGAAGAUUUUCGAUCAAUACUGGCAGAUAUCAAGCAGGACAACCGAAUAACAUCCUUGAAUGCUCGAGCAGGUAUAAGAAAUGCCUUGAUCACUAUUCUUGACCAGCUGCAGAGAUGUCAGAAAUCCUUAAAUGAAUUCUUGGAGGAAAAACGCUCAGCAUUCCCUAGAUUCUAUUUCAUUGGGGAUGAUGAUCUUCUAGAAAUUUUGGGGCAGUCCACUAAUCCUUCUGUUAUUCAGUCUCAUCUUAAGAAACUUUUUGCUGGAAUUCACAGUGUGAACUUUGAUAAAGACUCUAAAAACAUACUUGGAAUGAAAUCUUUAGAAGGUGAAAUAGUACCGUUUAAAAAUAAAAUCCUCCUGUCAAAUGACGUUGAGGUUUGGCUAAAUAAACUGUCUUCGGAGAUGAAGGAGACAUUGAAACAAUUAUUGAUUGACUGUGUUACCACUGGGAAAAGAUUACAGGGUUCAAUAGAUCCUUCACUGUUUCCUUCUCAGAUUCUUUGUUUGGCCGAACAAAUUCAGUUCACAGAAGAUGUUGAAUAUGCAAUCAAGGAACAUAAUUUACAACAAAUAGAAUUAGAGCUAAUGGCUAAAUUGGAGCAUUAUACCAGCAUAGACACUAAUACUGAAGAUUCAGGCAAUGCAGAAUCUGGAAUCCUUGAACUGAAGCUUAAAGCCCUUAUUCUUGAUAUUAUUCAUAACAUUGAUAUUGUACGGCAGCUAAAUGAAGCCCAGGUCACUUCUGUUGAUGACUGGGCCUGGAAAAAGCAACUUAGAUUUUAUCUUAAGGACCAAAAAUGCUAUAUUCAAAUGGUGGAUGCAGAACUUCAGUACACUUAUGAAUAUCAGGGAAAUUCUCCAAAGCUUGUUUGUACUCCAUUGACUGAUAAGUGCUAUCUCACACUUACUCAAGCUAUGAAGAUGGGUCUUGGAGGAAAUCCUUAUGGGCCAGCUGGAACUGGCAAAACAGAAUCUGUAAAGGCUCUGGGAGGACUACUUGGAAGACAAGUUCUGGUUUUUAACUGUGAUGAGGGCAUUGAUGUGAAAUCAAUGGGUCGAAUAUUUGUUGGUUUGGUGAAGUGUGGUGCCUGGGGCUGUUUUGAUGAGUUCAAUCGGCUGGAGGAGGCUGUACUGUCUGCUGUAUCCAUGCAAAUACAGACAAUUCAACAUGCUUUGAAGAAACACCAGCCUGUAUGUGAGCUACUUGGAAAAGAGGUUGAAAUGGAUCACAAUUCUGGAAUUUUUAUCACUAUGAAUCCUGCAGGGAAGGGCUAUGGAGGCAGGCAAAAAUUGCCCGAUAAUCUCAAACAGCUCUUUAGGCCAGUCGCUAUGACUCGUCCUGAUAAUGAGCUCAUUGCAGAAGUGAUUUUAUAUUCAGAAGGUUUUAAAGAUGCUAAAACUUUGGGAAGAAAAUUAGUGGCUAUUUUUAAUUUAGCAAGGGAGCUCUUGACACCUCAGCAGCACUAUGAUUGGGGCUUGCGAGCACUGAAGACUGUUCUGAGGGGAUGUGGGAAUCUUCUUCGACAGCAGAAAAAAACUGGUAUAAAAGAGAAAGUUAAUGAAAGCCAUAUUGUGGUCCAAGCAUUGCGACUUAAUACAAUGUCAAAGCUUACAUUUGCAGACUGUGCACGGUUUGAUGCUUUGGUUAAAGAUGUUUUCCCUGGUAUUGACUUUAGGGAUGUAGAUUAUGCUGAAUUAAGCAGUGCUUUACUAGAAGUCUUUGAGGAGGCUAAUUUGGAAAUCAUAUGUAGCCAGAUCAAGAAAGCUUUGGAAUUGUAUGAGCAACUACGUCAGAGAAUGGGGGUAGUUAUCGUAGGCCCAAGUGGUGCAGGUAAAUCAACCCUUUGGCGGAUGCUAAGGGCUGCACUUGGAAAAAUUGGCAAAGUAGUGAAGCCAUAUAUGAUGAAUCCCAAAGCCAUGCCUCGGCAUCAGUUGCUGGGCCAUAUUGACAUGGACACAAGGGAGUGGUCUGAUGGUGUGCUUACCAACAGUGCUCGGCAAGUGGUGCGUGAACCACCAGAUGUUACUUCAUGGAUAAUCUGUGACGGUGACAUCGACCCUGAGUGGAUUGAAUCUUUGAAUUCUGUACUUGAUGAUAACCGUCUGCUCACUAUGCCCAGUGGAGAAAGAAUUCAAUUUGGCCCAAAUGUGAACUUUGUCUUUGAAACCCAUGACUUGAGUUGUGCCUCGCCUGCCACAAUAUCCCGAAUGGGAAUGAUCUUCCUAAGUGAUGAAGAUACUGAUCUUACAGCAUUGAUAAAAUCUUGGCUAAGAAACCAACCUGAAGAAUGCAGGCAGAAUCUUGAAAACUGGAUUGGAGACUAUUUUGAGAAGGCUUUAAAUUGGGUCCUAAAGCAGAAUGACUAUGUGGUAGAGACAAGUUUGGUUGGAACGGUGAUGAAUGGGCUGUCUCAUCUCCAUGGCUGCACGGAGCGUGGGCAAUUUAUCAUUAGCCUGAUAAGGGGACUUGGUGGAAAUCUUAACAUGAAAUCUCGACAGGAAUUUACAAAAGAGGUUUUUACUUGGGCCCGAGAGUCUCCACCAAAUCCCAGCAAACCAUUGGACACCUAUUAUGAUUCAGAUACUGAUUGCCUAGUAUCAUACCAACUGAAAAAGCCUGAAAACUUGACUGCUGAUGACUUUAGCAAUCUUCAGACUCUUCCUGUCAUUCAAACACCUGAUAUGCAAAGAGGUUUAGAUUACUUUAGACCCUGGCUAGGCUUUGAUACUAAGCAGCCAUUUCUUCUUGUUGGGCCUGAAGGAUGUGGCAAAGGGAUGCUGCUGCGUUAUGCCUUUUCCCAGCUCCGGUCUACUCAAAUUGCUACAAUUCACUGCAGUGCACAGACCAUCUCUCGACACCUUCUUCAAAAAUUAAGCCAGACGUGCUUGGUGAUCAGCACCAAUACUGGGCGGGUAUAUAGGCCAAAAGAUUGUGAAAGGCUGGUUUUGUACCUGAAAGAUAUCAACUUACCCAAACCUGACAAAUGGGGAACUAGCACGCUUGUGGCUUUCUUGCAGCAGGUCUUGACAUAUCAGGGAUUUUAUGAUGAAAAUCUUGAAUGGGUUGGGUUGGAGAACAUCCAAAUAGUGGCUUCCAUGUCUGCUGGGGGAACGCUGGGAAGGCAUAAACUCACAUCCCGAUUUACUUCUAUUGUCCGUCUUUGUGCAAUUGAUUAUCCAGAGAGAGAUCAACUGCAAACAAUUUAUAGUGCAUACUUAGAACCUGUCCUACACAAGAACUUAAAGAAUCAUCCUUCUUGGGGAUCCUUAGCAAAAAUACAUCAGUUGGCAGGAUCUAUGGUUCAAGUUUAUGAACAGGUUCGAGCCAAAUUCACAGUAGAUGACCAUAGCCACUACCUCUUUACACCAUGCAUUCUUACUCAGUGGGUUCUGGGCUUGUUCAGAUAUGAUUUAGGAGGAGGAUCAUCAACACACACAUUAGAUACCGUCUUGGAAAUUGUUGCUUAUGAAGCACGCCGUCUUUUCCGUGACAAAAUUGUUGGAGCCAAGGAAAUUCAUGCAUUUGAUAAUAUUUUAAUGAAAGUAUUUCAAGGAGAUUGGGGUUCUGAUGUUUUGGACAACAUGGCAGAUAGCUACUAUGUAACGUGGGGAGCUCGUCAUGAACUAGGAACAGUUAUGACUCCAGGACAGACAUUGCCACCCCAUGGAAGGCCACUUGGCAAGCUUAACUCCACAGACCUAAAAGACGUUAUCAAAAAAGGCAUUAUUCACUAUGGGAGAGAUAACCAGGAGAUAGAAAUUUUGCUCUUCCCAGAAGUCCUUGAUUAUGUGUCUAGAAUUGAUAGAGUGCUGAGUUUUCCUGGAGGGUCGCUUCUGUUAGCAGGCCAUAGCGGAGUGGGCCGUCGAACUGUUACUUCUUUAGUUAGUCACAUGCAUGGAGCUGUUCUGAUUACACCUAAAAUUUCCCGAGGCUAUGAAAUGAAACAAUUCAAAAAUGAUCUGAAACAUGUGAUGCAGCUUGCAGGAAUUGAAGCACAGCAUGUUGUAUUGUUGCUUGAAGACUAUCAGUUUGUCCAUUCCACAUUUCUUGAGAUGAUCAACAGCUUACUGUCCUCAGGUGAGGUUCCUGGAUUGUACACAACAGAAGAAUUAGAGCCACUCCUGUCUCCUCUGAAAGAUCAAGCUUCACAGGAUGGAUUUACAGGACCAGUUUUCAACUAUUUUACUUAUAGAAUUCAGCAGAAUCUUCAUGUUGUGUUGAUUAUGGAUCCUACUAACCUGAGUUUCACAAUCAACUGUGAAAGUAACCCCGCACUUCAUAAGAAAUGUCAAGUGCUCUGGAUGGAAAGUUGGUCUGAAAAUAGUAUGAAAAAAGUACCUGAAAUGUUAUUUUCUGAAUCAGAUGAAAAAGCAAAGGGAGCUAAAGUGCCGAAGGAACGCAAGAAGAAGAAUUCUGGUGAUUCAGAUUUCCUGAAAUCAUUUUUGGUUAUCCAUGAAUCAUGUAAAACUUAUGGAGCCACACCCAGAAGAUACAUGACUUUCCUGCAUAUGUAUUGUGCCAUUCAUAGCUGCAAAAGAACAGAGCUGAUAAAAAGGCAAAGCCAUUUGCAGGCUGGAGUAGCUAAACUGAAUGAAGCAAAAGCUCUUGUCGAUGAACUGAACAGGAAAGCUGAAGAACAAAGUAUAUUGUUUAAAAUGAAGCAAGAUGAGGCUGAUGCUGCACUUCAGGAAAUUACUGUUUCUAUGCAGGAUGCAAGUGAGCAAAAAGUGGAAAUGGAAAAAAUAAAGCAGAAGAUAGCAGCAGAAGUUGUAAAAAUUGAAGAAAGAAAAACAAUAAUUGAAGAUGAAUUAAAGGAGGUCCAGCCACUGGUUAACGAAGCUAAAUUAGCAGUUGGAAAUAUCAAGCCAGAAUCUCUGUCAGAAAUCCGUUCUCUGCGUAUGCCACCUGACAUAAUUAGAGACAUACUAGAGGGUGUCUUACGACUGAUGGGUAUUUUUGACACAUCAUGGGUGAGCAUGAAGAGUUUCCUUGCCAAAAGAGGAGUGAGAGAAGACAUUGCAACCUUUGAUGCUCGUAACAUUCCAAAGGAAAUUCGUGAGAGUGUAGAAGAGCUUCUAGUUAAAAAUAAGGGAUCUUUUGAUCCAAAGAAUGCUAAAAGAGCCAGUACAGCAGCUGCACCCUUAGCAGCAUGGGUUAGAGCCAAUGUUCAGUAUUCCUAUGUCCUGGAACGAAUUCAGCCCCUGGAAACUGAGCAGGCAGGCCUAGAAGCUAACCUCAGGAAAACAGAAGAGAGAAAACAGAAGCUGGUAGACUUGCUUAAUUCUGUUGGUCAGAAAGUGUCAGAAUUAAGAGAUAAAUUCCAGGCCAGAACAACUGAAGCAACUAAGCUUGAAGCAGAAGUUGCUAAAGCACAAGAAACAGUGAAAGCUGCAGAGGUAUUGAUUAUGCAGCUUGAUCGGGAGCAUAAGAGAUGGAAUUCACAGGUUUCAGAGAUAGCAGAUGAAUUAAGUACGCUGCCACGGAGAGCCCAACUGGCUGCUGCUUUUAUUACUUACCUUUCUGCUACACCAGAAGAUCAAAGGAAAACAAGCCUAGAUGCUUGGACAAAAGCAGCUGGUCUUGAAAAAUUUGAUCUUAGGCGGUUCCUGUGCACAGAGAGUGAGCAGUUGAUUUGGAAAAGUGAAGGUCUACCCUCGGAUGAUUUGUCAAUAGAAAAUGCCCUUGUGAUAUUGCAGAGUAAAGUUUGCCCAUUUUUGAUAGAUCCUUCUUCUAGAGCUACAGAGUGGCUGAAAACACAUUUGAAGGAAUCACGCUUGGAAAUUAUUAACCAACAGGAUGCCAACUUCAUUAAUGCUCUCGAAUUGGCUGUGCGGUUUGGAAAAACGCUCAUUAUACAGGAAAUGGAUGGAGUAGAACCUGUGCUUUAUCCUCUUCUAAGAAAGGACCUCAUUGCCCAAGGACCACGAUAUGCUAUACAAAUAGGUGAUAAAAUAAUUGACUAUAAUGAGGAAUUCCGCCUGUUUCUGUCAACACGAAAUCCAAAUCCUUAUAUCCCACCUGAUGCAGCUUCCAUUGUUACAGAAGUUAACUUCACAAUAACACGAAGUGGCUUACGUGGGCAGCUUUUAGCACUCACUAUCCAGCAUGAAAAACCAGAUUUGGAAGAGCAGAAGACUAAACUAUUACAACAGGAAGAAGAUAAGAAGAUCCAGUUAGCAAAACUUGAAGAAUCACUUUUGGAGACCCUUGCAACCUCUCAGGGAAAUAUACUAGAAAAUAAGGAUCUGAUUGAAUCACUGAAUCAGACUAAAGCAAGUAGUGCUCUCAUCCAAGAAUCACUUGUUGAGUUUCACAGACUUCAGAUUUCUCUUGAUCAGGAAAGGGAUGCCUAUCUCCCUCUGGCUGAAAGUGCCAGCAAGAUGUACUUUAUUAUCUCUGACUUGUCCAAAAUUAAUAACAUGUACCGCUUUAGUUUGGCUUCUUUCCUAAGACUUUUUCAAAGGGCUCUACAAAGUGAACUGGACUUGGGAAAUACGGAGGAGAGAAUCAAGUCUCUUAUCAGCUCAUUAAAACAUAUGGUGUAUGAAUAUGUCUGUCGCUGCUUGUUUAAGGCUGAUCAACUAAUGUUUGCACUACAUUUUGUGAAAGGGAUGCAUCCUGAACUUUUUCAAGACAAUGAAUGGGACACAUUUACUGGUGUGAUCAUUGGAGACAUGUUAAGAAAAUCGGAUUCUCAAAAAAGUAUUCGAGACCAGAUUCCCUCCUGGAUUGAACAAGAAAGAAUCUGGGCAGUAGCAUCUCUUAAGAUCUCUCUCCCGACUUUGUAUCAAACACUUUGCUUUCAAGACGCACCACUAUGGCAGUCUUUCUCCCGGAGCUCAACGUGUGAACAAGAUUUUCCAUCCAUUAUUGCAAACAGACUUUCUCUCUUUCAACAGGUCCUUGUUGUCCAAGCUGUAAGACCAGACAGACUACAGAGCGCAAUGGCCCUUUUUGCAUGCAAAGCUCUAGGAACAAAAGAGUUGUCGCCACCACCGCUGAAUCUGAAACGUUUGUACAAAGAAACACUGGAAAUUGAACCUAUCUUGAUCAUUAUAUCUCCUGGCGCUGAUCCUUCACAAGAACUGCAAGAACUUGCAAGCGUUGAAAGAAAUGGAGAUUGCUAUCAUCAGGUUGCUAUGGGUCAGGGCCAAGCUGAUCUGGCUAUUCAAACUGUGAAAGAAUGUGCCCGAAAUGGAGAGUGGCUUUGCUUGAAGAAUCUGCAUCUUGUCGUUUCAUGGCUUCCCAUAUUAGAAAAGGAACUGAACAACCUUCAGCCUCAACCUGGUUUUCGUCUUUGGCUGACUGCUGAAGUCCAUCCCAAAUUUUCUCCCAUUUUGCUCCAAUCAAGUCUGAAGAUAACAUAUGAGGCACCUCCAGGCCUGAAAAAGAAUUUAAUGCGUACAUAUGAAUCUUGGACUCCAGAACAAAUUAGCAAAAAGGGCAAUAUGUCUCGAGCCCAUGCGCUCUUUAGCCUGGCUUGGUUUCAUGCUGCAUGUCAAGAAAGAAGGAAUUAUAUCCCUCAAGGAUGGACCAAAUUUUAUGAAUUUUCUUUAUCUGAUCUUCGUGCGGGGUAUGACAUUAUUGACAGACUCUUUGAUGGCCCCAAAGGUUUUCAGUGGGAAUUUGUGCAUGGUUUAUUGGAAAAUGCUAUUUAUGGAGGUCGUAUAGAUAAUUACUUUGAUAUGAGGGUCCUUCGCUCCUACCUGGAACAGUUUUUUAAUUCCAGAGUUAUUGCUGACUCAAAUUUCCGGGGCAAGAAGAUGAGCAGAUUUCCAUAUUCCAUCUCUUUACCUAACUCCUACAAUAUAUUGGAUUACCGUCAUGUUAUUGAAAGCCUCCCAGAAGAUGAUAAACCUGAUUUCUUUGGCCUACCUGCCAACAUUGCACGUUCAUCUCAACGCAUGAUCAGUUCCCUGGUAAUUUCACAGCUGCGGAUCUUGAGUAGAUCUGUUACCGCUGGCUGCAAAUUUGACAGAGAGAUCUGGUCUAACGAGCUUUCUCCAGUCCUCAACCUUUGGAAGAAGCUUAAUCAGAAUUCCAAUCUGAUUCAUCAGAAGGUGUCACCUCCUUCUGAGCGGCAAGGAUCUCCAAUCCUUUCUUUCAUUAUUCUUGAGCAGUUCAAUGCCAUUCGCUUAGUCCAGAGUGUUCAUCAGUCUCUUGCUGCUCUCAGUAAAGUCAUCAGAGGUACCUCGCUGUUGAGUUCAGAAGUACAAAAACUAGCAAGUGCUUUAUUAAACCAGAAGUGCCCCUUAAUAUGGCAAAGCAAGUGGGAAGGUCCAGAAGAUCCUUUACAAUAUCUCAGAGCCGUUGUAGCACGGGCGCUUGCUAUUCAGAACUGGGUAAGUAAAGCAGAAAAGCAGACUUUGCUCUCAGACACCCUCGACCUCUCAGAACUCUUCCAUCCAGACACAUUUCUGAAUGCCCUACGACAGGAGACUGCAAGGGUGAUGGGCUGUUCAGUGGAUAGCCUCAAAUUUACAGCGUCAUGGAAGGGUCCGAUACAAGGAGCAAAGCUCCAAGUUCAGAUCAGUGGCCUCCAGCUGGAAGGCUGCAGUUUUGAUGGAAAUCGACUUUCAGAAAACCAGCAUGACUCUCCCAGCGUGUCAUCGGUGCUCCCUUGCUACAUGACCUGGAUUCCACAGGAUGCGUAUGGACCCUAUUCCCCUGAGGACUGCAUCUCUUUGCCAGUUUACACCAGUGCUGAGAGGGACUGUGUAGUAACAAACAUUGAUGUUCCAUGUGGAGGCUACCAAGACCAGUGGAUUCAGUGUGGAGCUGCUUUAUUUUUGAAAAAUCAGUAAGAGGGAAACAGACUGUGAAUGUUCUCGUUAGAAGCCACCUUUAAAAGAUCUAAGAAGAGUUAUCUGUAUUUGCAGUGAUAAUUUAAAAGUAAAAAGUGAGAAAUACAAAGAUGCUGAUUAUACAUGCUCUUUUAUAAAUAAAUAGCUCUAUUUGAGAAGCGAACACUUUUGCACUUUUUUAGGUUGAGAGCAAAACUAAAGGUUUGAUUGCUUUAAAAAAAUUUUAAUUGUUACAUUUAACACUCACUGAGCAGGAUCCACUGGGAAGUUCUCCAGCACUAGCCUGCUUGAAAUGAAUAAAAUCUGUACGAGAGCACACUAAUGUGACUGCCUAGUUCCCAUUCAUUUCAACAAGACUUGCAAAGGAGAAUGUCCUGGUAGAUUGUUCCCAUAUGUGUAUGCCACUAAAUUCUGGUACUCUGCCAUCAGUGGAGAUUGCAAUAUUUUGCAUUCUGCAUUAAAAUGAGAGUUACCACUGAUGCCUGAUGGAUUUGACUUUUCCAGUGAACAAUUAACCCUUGGUUGAUGGAGUUUUGUGAACACAGUCUAUACAAGUGUACCAUAUCUCAAGUUUGUAAUACUCUUUCUUUAACAGAUAUAUGUUAUUGUAAUCAGUUCUCUUGGAUGUUUUAGACUUGUUUCUUUGUUUUCUUUAUUUGUGCAUCUUAGAUCUCAUUUUUAUUCUGCAGAGAACUCUCUUUUUUAAGAGCACAAUUGUUUUUAGAAGUGUAAGCGACAAGUUGCUGCUUUUAAGCAUCCUUAAAUUUUCCAUAGGUACCAAUUGGAGAAAAGGCUGUUUAUAAUGAACUAUAUUUAUUGUAAAGUUCUCAUUAAAUGGGUUUUUAGCUUU